AUGGCAUUGAGAAACGUUCUUAUCAUUGGUGCAGGUGGUCACCUCGGCCCCUCGAUAUUGGCUGCCUUUCGUAACGACUCACGAUUCAAUGUCUCCGUGCUGAGCCGCCAAUCUUCCAGCUCAAAGUUCCCCAAAGACACCAAGGUCCACCGGGUCGGUGACGAUUACCCUGAUGAGGGGGUCCUUUCAGCAUUCAAGGAUCAAGAUGCAGUCAUCUCCACUAUUGCUACGGCAAGUGCAGGACAGCAGACUCGUUUCAUUGACCUCGCUAUCAAAGCUGGAGUCAAGAGAUUUGUUCCGUCUGAAUUCGGUAGCGAUACUCGCGUACCAAGUGCAAUGGAUAUUUUACCUCAGUACUUUGGUGGCAAACAGGCGACGGUCGACUACUUGAUUUCGAAGGAAAAGGAGGGUCUAACUUGGUCUUCGUUUGUGACGGGGCCAUUCUUCGAGCUGGCUAUGGCUGGCUUUAUGGGAUUUGAUAUCCCCAACCGCAAAGCAACCAUCUACAACGAUGGAGAGGGCUCUUGGUCCACCACAACCUUGCCUUCAAUCGGCAUUGCAUUGAAGAAUUCUUUGAUCGAAUUCGAGAAGACCGCUAACAGAUACAUCUAUGUUGCCUCAUUCACAGUGAAGCAAAAUGAAGUUCUGAAAGCCCUCGAAAAGGUUACUGGAUCGAAAUUCGACGUUGAGUAUGUUGAUGGUGAAGCACAGAGGGCAAUUGGAACGGAGAAAAUCUCCCAGGGCGACUUCAGCGGUGCGAUGUUGUUGAUUCGAUACAUCAAUUCGGUGGAUGGAAAUGGUGGCAACUAUGCGCUGUACCAUCCAACAGAUAACAAACUUCUAUCUUUGCCUGAGGAAACACUCGAGGAGGAGCUCAAAAAGAUUGUUAGCCAGUGA